AUGGAUAAAUUCCGCACCCUCUUCCAGCACUUCCAGUCCAGCUCCGAGUCGGUGAUGAACGGCAUCUGCCUGCUGCUGGCCAUGGUUACCGUCAAGCUGUACUCCUCGUUCGACUUCAACUGCCCCUGCCUGGCGUGCUACAACACCCUCUACGGACUGGGCCUGCUGUUCACGCCCCCGAUCGCCUUGUUCCUCUGCGGCCUCCUGGCCAACCGGCAGUCCGUGGUGAUGGUGGAGGAGUGGCGCCGGCCUGCCGGGCACCGGAGGAAGGACCCGGGCAUCAUCAGGUACAUGUGCUCCUCUGUACUGCAGAGAGCGCUGGCCGCCCCCCUCGUCUGGAUCCUACUGGCCCUCCUCGAUGGGAAGUGCUUCGUGUGCGCCUUCAGCAGCUCCGUGGACCCUGAGAAGUUUCUAGACUUUGCCAACAUGACCCCCAGUCAGGUGCAGCUCUUUUUGGCCAAGGUGCCCUGCAAGGAGGACGAGCUGGUCAGGAACAGCCCCGCUCGGAAGGCGGUGUCUCGCUACCUGCGGUGCCUGUCACAGGCCAUUGGCUGGAGUCUCACCUUGCUUCUGAUCGUCCUGGUCUUCCUGGCCCGCUGCUUGAGGCCCUGCUUCGACCAGACAAUCUUCCUGCAGCGCCGAUACUGGAGCAACUACGUGGACCUGGAGCAGAAGCUCUUCGACGAGACGUGCUGUGAGCACGCGCGGGACUUUGCGCACCGCUGCGUGCUGCACUUCUUCGCCAGCAUGCAGAGCGAGAUGCGGGCGCGGGGGCUGCGCCGGGACUCUGCGGGUAGGGGUCCGGAGACCCCUGAGAGGCCCGAGCCCCCAGACGGCCUGGAUGGCGGAAGCGGGAAGGCCCACUUGCGCGCAGUCUCCAGUCAGGAGCAGGUGGACCGCCUCCUAAGCGCCUGGUAUUCUAGCAAACCACCACUUGACCUCACAGCAUCCUCCGGGCUCUGGGGGUGCGGCCUCAGCCAUCGCGCCCCCACAGUGGUCCCGGGCACCAGGGCGUCCCCACACACCGACGUGUAAGGACCCAGACCGCGUCCUCACGUAAAAUGCCCACACUGACGAAGAGGUGGGGGCUUUCCAGGCAGUGGGGACCCCAUGGCAGGGCAGCUUAACCCUUGUCAGCCUCCUUCCCCAAGACAGCCCAGCGCCUGGCCUAGUUUCUGGGCGUGGCCUCUUGUGUGCUCUAAAGCUGUGGUUCACAAACUUCAUUGUGCUCACCUGUUCACGUGAACUCUUGUCAAAUGCAGAUUCUGAUUCAGUCCAUCUAGGACCAGGGCCGAGACUGCAUUGCUAAGGAGCUUCUCAUGCUUCUGGUCAGUGGACCAAACUCCGAGUAAGAGUCUAAACAGAUCUGUCCUGGGUGCUGGGUCCUAGAUGUCCACAUUCUAAAUCUAAAAUAAUAAUAAUGACAACAGCACCUGCUUGUAUGAUGCUUUCUAUGUACCGGGCACUGCU